AUGAGUACCGAUCUGAAGGCGUUAUUGGAAGCGCAGAACGACAUCCACGGGCGAAUGUCUCGCUCCGUGGACAAUCUGCGCAAGAUGGGCGUCUCGAGCAUCACGGCCGAAGCAAUCCAGGCUCGCCUCCGCAUUCUUGAGACUUUGUGGACCCGAUUCGAGACCCAUCAUGAUCUCAUCGUAGCGGCGCUGAAAGAUAAAUAUCUUGAGAGUGAGUACGCCAAAGCUGAUUUUAUUGAUAUCGCGGAAACCACUUACGUGAUGCAAAGAAGCAUGCUGGUGGACUACGCAAAUAAGCUCAAGGGUGAAUCGUUCGCCGCGCCCAAGACUGAGACUCACCAAGAGCAGACGCUCAAAACUCCGCUGCCGCGAAUUAAACUCCAGUCGUUCUCUGGCGCCUACGGAGAUUGGCCCGCGUUCCGCGACAUUUUCCAGUCAAUCAUCGGGAGCAACUCGUCCAUCUCCAACGUGGAAAAGCUCCAUUAUCUCCGUACGAGCUUGCAGGGUCCUGCGGAAAAAUUAAUUAGAUCGUUGCCAAUUGUCGGGGGCAACUACGAGCGAGCGUGGUCCAUUUUGAGUUCUCAUUACGAGAACAAGCGGGAGCUCAUUCGCGCCAACUUCGCCGCGUACACCGCCGUGCCAAAAAUGAAGGCCGCGACCGCUGACGAACUCAGCAGAAUCUACAACGCCGCCACAACCGCCAUCAAUGCACAGGAGAGCAUUGACAGGCCGAUAGACACACAUGGUAUGGAUCUGUUUAAUUACCUCCUUGUGGAGCGGUUCGACCUGCAAACCAGGAUGCAGUGGGAGUCUUCCAUCCGCGAUUCCGUCGACCCACCGACCAAUGAAAUCCUUAUGGAUUUCAUCGCGAAACAAGUCCUCACACUGAAUGCCGUGCAGCCAGCUACCGUCGCAAAGUCUGGAGAGACUUCUCGGUCCGCGAAGUCGCACUUCGUGAAGCGCGCGUCCGACUCCUCUACUUGCGCCGUCUGUAAAGAAAAACAUUCAGUUAUGCAGUGCGCGACGUUUAAAGCAAAGACCGCGCCAGAACGAAAGAACCUUGUAGAAGCGAACAAGCUUUGCUUUAAUUGCCUCGGGAAUCACUUCCUGGCCAAAUGCCAGUCGGUCAAGACGUGCUUCUCUUGUAAAGCACGGCAUCACACACUACUACACGACGCGUACGUCCAGUCCGACGGAGCGAAUUCGUUGUCCGCCACACACGUCGCGUCGGACCGCAAGGCGAUCCUCCUUGCCACCGCUCGGGUCACUAUCAAGGACCACCUGGGGAGACCGCACGACGUCCGAGCGCUGAUCGACCAAGGAUCCGAGGUCUCUCUGGUCACUGAGACCUUGGCCCAGCGGUUGCAUCUGCCGCGGAACCGUUCGUGA